GGAGGUGGGCGGGGGCUUGGCACGGCGCGGCCUUCCGGGCGGCCCCUGCGGAGGCGGUCCUAAGCUGGUUCCCGCCGUCCGAUCCCGCCAUUGGCGGGCCGUUUGAAUGACGGAAGUGACGAGAGCCGGGUCAUGGCUGUCCCGCAGGUACCCAAACGGCUGCUGGGUAGCCGGCCGGGUGCGGGUGCCUGUGUGUCGUGAGGCCAGACCACACACGCUGUCAGAUCCUUUAUAUUUAACAUACUCAGAAAUGAAAAGAAAGGGAAUGAAUACAAAGCUGAGAUUGAGCCCUAGUGAAGAAGCCUUCAUUUUGAAGGAAGAUUAUGAAAGAAGACGAAAACUAAGAUUGCUGCAGGUUCGAGAACAAGAAAGGGGCAUUGCCUUCCAGAUAAGAGAAGGCAUAAAACAGAGGCGAAGUCAGCAGGUUUCUCAUUUGGCUGAGGAGCUAAGGGCAAAAUGGGAAGAAGCACAAAGCCAGAAAAUACAGAACUUGGAAAAACUAUAUUUGGCAAGUUUAAGACAUAUGGGAGAUGGACAUCGACAGGCUAAAGAAAAUGAACCUGACUUGGAUGCUCUUUCUCGGCGGGCAGCAGAAAGAAAAAGAAAAGCAGAAGUGAGGCAUAAAGAAGCCCUAAAAGUGCAGAAAAAUCAAAAAGAAAUGUUAAUGAAACAGAAAACCAGGCACAUAAAAGCUCGAAAGGAAGCAGUGCUUGUGGAAAAACAGAGAUCUGCUAAAAUGGCCAGGCUGCCACCGCCUGUCCCAUCCCCCUUUGAGAACAUUGACGUGAACAGAAUUCCUUCAUUGAAAACUAACAGUUCCACUUACCAUCAUAUUUCCACCUUUGUGAGUAGACAGAUGGGUACAAAGCAGCCAGAUGCUCAUUUGGCUGCUGAAGAAGAAGCUAGACGAGUGGAAAGACUACGGAAACAGGCGGCACAGGAGAGAGUGAAACAGUUUGAAAGGGCACAUGUGCGGGGAUCCCAAGCCAUGAAAAAGAUCCACUUGGCCCAAAACCAGGAGCGAUUGAUGGAAGAACUCAAACAGCUGCAGAAAGAGGACCUGGCCCGUAGGAGGCAGACCGUGGCACAGAUGCCGCCACAGAUGCUGGAGUUGCCAUACCGACGGAGUGAGAUGAAGGAAGACAGGCAGCGAGAGCUGGAGUUUGCCUUUGAAGAUAUGUACAAUGCAGAUAGGAAGGUGAAAGGAAACCUGAUUUUACAUCUUAAGCCAGAACCUUUGCCUACAAUCUCUGAUCAGCUCCAAGAUGAAGAACUGGACCUUUCAAUGGAACAAGAAAAUCAAGUGCCCUUGGCAGCAAAGAUCCAACAAAUCCCCUCAAGAAUUCUUUUUAAAAGAUUAUUAAACAAGAUUAGAAGUCAAAAAUCUCUCUGGACAAUUAAAUCUGUGUCUGAGGAUGAAGGUGAGGUGACUUCGAGCAUCAUUGAGAUUGAGAGUAAAGUGCCAAGCGUGGACUCGGGAGCCAUUAUCACAGAGGAGAGAACAGCGGCGUCCUUUGAGCAGGAGCAAGUCACAGACAGUGAUAGGCUGACGAUAGAAUCUGGACCACUGAGCAGUGAAGAUAAGCCAUUGUACUACAAAGCGGGGACUGGAAGGGAACAAGCAAUGGCAGUGUCUCCACCUGCCACAGCUGUGGCUCAGAGUUCAGUCCUGCUUCAUCCUCAGGAAGAGGCAGUCAGAAUUCGAAUGUCAUUAAGGCGCAAACAGAUAAUGGAGAUAGAAGAGCAGAAGCAGAAGCAGUUGGAAUUACUUGAACAAAUUGAGCAACAGAAGUUAAGGUUAGAAACUGAUUGUUUCCGGGCUCAACUGGAAGAGCAAAGAAAGCAAGCUGAUCAGCCUGAGGUUUGCUGUGCUCCAAUGUCACAUGCUAUGAUUUCUGAUGAAGACUCUCACAGGCAGAUGAUUCGUAACUAUCAACAUCAGCUUUUACAACAAAACAGGUUACACAAGGAGACUGUUGAAACUGCCAGGAAACGAUUACUCGAAUACCAAACUGUAUUAAAAGAAAGAUCCCCAUCCCUGUCAGCCUCAGCACUGGUACCUGAUUCUGUUGUGUCAGGGCCACCACAGCAAUCCUACAAGCCUGCUGCUGCUUCAGACUCUUGGGAUCCAAGCCAGAGACUGAAACUAAGUCCUAGCAAAUAUCAACCUGUGCAACCCUCACAGAUCCCUGCAUUAGAGCAGAGUCAUAUUCAGGUACCAAGACAUGGUCACAUUACACAGAGGCAAGGAAAAAUGGCUGUAUCAGAAAUGUUAGGUAAGCAGCCCGUGGAGUCACAAGAACGUCAGUGGCAGUUCUCUCAGGUGGAAACACAUCAGGGAGACUAUGAGUUCGUCCUUAAAGAUUCUCAUUCACUUUCAAGGACUUUGUCUUAUGUUAGGCCACAAACAUUACAAGAUGCUAGAGAAGUAUCUAAACCUCCUAGGGUAAUAAUUUGUCAAAGUCUAGAUUCCCAACAGAUAUCAUCAGAGGAUAGUGAAAAUAUAUCUUCUAAGCCAAGUGAACCGUCUCCUUUUCUCCCACUGGUGCCUGAACGCCCUUUUACUAGUCUCCCAGUUAAAUUCCAUUCUGGAACAAUUCACAAACCCUUUACGACCAUAAACCAGUCUGUAAUCAGUCAAAUGCAUGAUCAACCUUUGUCAUCCUCAGAGACUAUUACAGCUCAGCAGGGUGACUUAAGAUUUCUUCAAGAACAGUUAGAACUACAGAAGAAAGUUCUUCAGGCAAGACAAGAGGCUCGGGAAAAGCUGCUUUUGUGCACACAGAAAGAACUGGGACAGCAGACUGGCCUCCCAGUGUUCCUCCCUUCACCAGCUGGAAAUAUAUUUUCUUCAUUACCCUCUGCCUCAGCUGAAUCAGGAAACUUUCAGACAUCUUCAACAAAAAGUGAUGCCACUGUUUCCUCAGACAAUAUGGACAGGCUUUGGGAUUCUUCACAACCCAUCUCAUCACAGCAAACUCAUUUAGAAUUUCUCCAAGAGCAGUCCAGUGUUGAGACGGAUAACCUUCAGGCUAGGCGGGAAGCCCAGGAGGUCUUGUUUGCACAUACACAAAAUACGCUGGAAAAAAUUGUACGUUCUGAACAAGCUGGGUCUUCUUUGCCACAUCAGGUAGCUCAGCAGUCAUUUAGUUCACUAACAUUGGCUGAUACACAAUCUAAAAAAAUCCAGAAACAGCCUUUACCUGCAAACAAGAAAGGGCUACUCCCAAGCCAGUCUGAAGUCUCAAAAGCUCAGGAUGGAUCUUCAGGUUUUCUACAGCAGACCCUACCUCUCCAGAACACUUUAAAGUUGCUUCAAGAGCAGCUGACUAGACAGAGGAGUAUGAUUCCGCCUAGACGUGAUGGUCAAGAGACAUUACUUUUAUAUAAAGAAAGCUGUUCAGAAGACAGUGAGGCUGGGCCAGUAGAAUCACUCUCCUCCGUGGUUGUUCAGCAUGCAGAUGCUUCUCGUGCAGUUUCAGAAGUACCUAAGCGGCUCCAGGACGUGUAUUCAUCUGAGGAAGAAAAUAGAGUUCUCUCCAGUCAUUUGAUCACCCAUGGCUUUCCACAGCACAGCCUGCAAAGACAAGAACAUUUUACACCACUCCAGGAAGAGACACACAUUCAGAGGCUUAUACUUGGUGCUAGAAAAAAUAAUGAGGAAUUUGCUCCCAAGCAAAAUGAAUUAGAAAAGGGGCUCUGCUCUCAACAGACUGAUGCCUUGUCUUCUCCAUCCCAAGUCACCGACUGGGGAACAUCCCGGGGGUCUGUAUCAGUCAGAAGUGAUAGGACAGACCCCUUAAGGCAUUUUAAGAUUCCAGCGUUUCGGGAAAGACUAGUUAGAGUUUCACAACAUACAUUCCCUCUCCAAGAUAAUUUGCAGGAACACCAAGAAUGGGUAGACACAGAAAAAGAGAGCUUUCAAUCUAGUCCUCUAACUCCAGAAAAUCCAUCUUCUCAACAGACAGGUUUUUCGUCCUUCAAAGCCUCAUUAAGACUGCCAUCGUGUGUGUCCUUGCCAUCUGCUGACUCUGGUAUCACACAGCACCCUCUCUCAACAGAGAGUGACAGUAAAGUCAAGUCAAGCCAUCUUCAGAUACCAGAACUGCAGCAUAGACUUUCGAAGAUAUCCCAGCUCAUCCCGCCUCAACAAGACAGUUUGAAGGCCCUUCAAGAACAAUUAGCUACACAAAGGGAAGCCAUCAUCCACUCUAGACAAGAAGCUCAUGAAGAAACACUAAGAGAAUGGAAGGAAAAAAUAUUCCCAGAGCAGGCAAGGAAUCCCACAGAUGAGAAUGACUUGGAAAUGCAGAAGAGAGAACAGCUCGGAGGGUGGUUUCCUCACACCCAAGGCCUUACCUGGGGAGACGCAGGUCAGGGGAGCGCUAAUGGUGAGCAGCCACGUGCAGAUGUCCAUGCUGAGCACAAUGGAAAAGCAGAGUUUUAUCAAGACCGAGACCCAUUAAGGGUCUCAGUAAGCAGAGAACAAAGUUUCUUGGAGAGCCCACUGGCACAUGAUCCAUUUGGUUGUCACCAACCACCUGCCCAAGAGAACAGCAAAAGCCAUGACGACAAUGCUGAAGCAGUUAAAGUCAAGAAAUCUGAUGUUGAGGAUCAUGCAGUAUUGAGUCAUGCUGUCUCAAAAGAAGAAGCGUGUACAAACCUGGGUCCACUUGGAAAGCCAGACGAUGAGGCUGAAACACAAGAGAUUUCUCAGGAGCCAUUGUCUUCAGUAACUGUUUCUACUGGAAGCUUCUUAAGUUAUGAAAUCACAGAUUUGAGCCUCACAGAUCCAGAGUCAUUUUCAGAACAGACAGAGCAUCUAGAACAAGAAUCUACCAAUAAGCAGGAAGAGACUGAUCCUCUUAGUAUUGCAGUCCCUUCAGUUAUUUAUCAGCAACAGCAUUCCUUAGGUGCUCAUAACUCUCUGUUGCCCAUGGAGGAAGAAAGUACAUCUGAUCAUACACAUGUUCAGCAGAUCAUGGACAAUGAUGUAAAUGAAGCAAAUUUGAUACCUGACAAAAGAGACUUUCAGGUUCCAGCUGUGGACCUUGACUUUCGAGAAUUGGAACACAUAUUUCCACACUUGCAUCGUCAGCUCUUUAAACCCUUAGAACCACAUCUAGAUUUUGACUUAUCAUCCCCUGGGACAUCUCAAGAAGACAGCGACUUUUACCAGAGCUCAGAAUCUUCAUCUGAAAAACAUGUUAAGGCAUUAUCCACAGGCACAAUCUGCUUCCCAGCACUGACAGCCAAGUCACAUUCUCCUAACCCAAGGCUGAACCAACUUGAUAUUAACCUGGCUCAUGCAACAACUGAGGGAUCUGAACAGUCUUUUCAACAGCUUCGACCAGAAUUCUCUUCACAGGAAAGCCAACAUGCUGACCUACCCAGUAUUUAUAGCAUUGAAGCAAGAGGUCCUUCCCAACGCAUGGAAAACCAGAACUAUUCUGAAAUGUUACAAAAUAAGAAAAAAAGUCUCUCUCUCCAGCCCUCAACAGAGGAUUUGACUCCAGCUUGCAGUUCAUCUGAUACUGCUCUGUUUGAUCAGUUACACCUGCAGCACAGCACUCCGUGUGCUUCUGUCUCUAGUGAGUGCUCAGUAAAACUGUUAGAAAGCAGAGAAGAAGUGCUGGGAUUUGAAGAGCUGUCAAGAAGGGCAGUUACAAUGUCACAAAGACUCACUGAAGAUGAAAAUGUAGUUCUACCUAUAAACCCACAUGUAGGAAGAGUGGAGAAGGAGGCUUCAGUUCAGGGGUCUAAUCCAUUGAGUAUUCAAAAUGAAAAGCCAAUUCAGAACUUCAUUGAAACUGACACUACAGAAGCUGUAGGAAAUGUAUGUCAGCUAGCACAAGCAGAGCACAUAUUAAAAUCCUGUCCAUUUCGGAGCCCUAUUCCAAUCUGGGUAAGUUAAUUCCUCUGCAUUAAAAACUUCUAAGCAAAUAUGAAAAGCCUCACUUCAGACACUCAUUUUCUAUCAAAUUUUGUUCAGAGGUUUAGGAGGCUGUACAGAGUCUGCUUAUUUCCAACUUUAGUCAACUACAUGUGGUUUUCACUACUAUUGUGACUGGAAGAAUGCCAGCGUUCACAAAUAGUGGUAUUUGAUAUUGAGUUAUAGUGGUGGCUUUAUAUUAAUAAUGGCAGUAAUAAGCUGGGCAGUGGUGUCGCACGCCUUUAAUCCCAGCACUUGGGAGGCAGAGGCAGGCGGAUUUCUGAGUUCAAGGCCAGCCUGGUCUACAAAGUGAGUUCCAGGACAGCCAGGGCUACACAGAGAAACCCUGUCUUGAAACAAAAACAAUAAUAACAACAAUAGUAAUAAUAAUGGCAGUAAUAAAGUUAAUAUCCCCUAAAAUAGAUGAUACACCAGCUAAAUGUAAGGAGAAAAUUGUCAGAUCUACUGCUGUUCUUGCAUGGGCUAAAUUACCAGCUAGGAGUGGGUAUAGAGUUCAUCCUGUUCCUGCUCCUACUAACGAUGCUGGGAAAAGAAGGAAUGAGGGAGGGAGAAGUCAAAAACUUACAGUAUUUAUUCGUGGAAAUGCUGUAUUAGGGGCUGUAUUUGGUAUUUGGUAUUGAAACAAGCCAGUUUCCAAAGCCCCCAACCAUUAUUGGUAUUACUAUGAAGAGAAUUAUACCAAAUGUGUGGGUGGUUACAAUGACAUUAUACAUUUGGUCAUCACCCAUUAGUGGGCCUCACUGUCCUAAUCCAGCGUGGAUUAGGAUGCUUAGUGCUGGUCCCACUAUUCCUGCUCGGUAUUGAAUAGGACAUAGAGAGUUCCAAUAUCUUUAGAGUUGGUUGAGUAAGCAUUAGACUGUAAAUCUAAACACAGAAAUUAAGCCCUCUUUUUAUCAAGCCUUAAGAUGAUAAUCAUGAUGAAUUGCAAAUUUGAAGUUGUAGAGAAAUUACUAAGGCUUCUCCCACCCCCUUUCUGAUAGGUAGGAGUAGAUGGAAGCCAGAAGUAGGGUAUUUAGCUGUUAAUUACAUUUUCGUAGGUUUGAUUCCUGCCAAUCUAGUUAAGGUCUUAGCUUAAUUAAAGUGAUUGAUUUACAUUCAGUAGAUGUAGGAUAUAGUCUUAUCAGAAGUUAAACUUGUUCGUUUUCUUGGACUUCGAUAUCCUAAACUUCUACAUGAUUAGUUGGGAUGAAAGGGGGAGGGCAACUGUACUUAUAAUUUUUAGGGAGGGAAAAUAAAGUUGUGUUUGAAGUUUAUGUGGUGGGUAAUUAUUUUGGGGUUAUUGUUGGUUGGAAAGAUGGUAAGUAAAAUUUAAUAAAUGAGACAUAUAUAAAAGAAUAGAUGUAACACUGCUAUUGAGGCUAUUAGCGUUCCUAGGAUGAGGCAGUUAUUUUGUAGAAGUUCUGUGAUGAUACUUCAUUUUGGGAGAAAGCCUAGAAGAGGGGGAUGCCUCUCCUAGGGAUAGCAGAAUUAAAGAGGUUGUUAAUAGAAUUAUUGGUAUUUUGUUUCAUAGGAAUGAAAUUGAGUUAAUUGUUGUGGAUGAAGGCUAUAAGUGGAAUAAAUAUUGGAACUGUAAGGAUAAUAUAAAUAAUUAAGUUAAGUUAGGGUGGGGUUGUAAAUGAGGAUGGCCAUUAUUCAUCCUGUGUGGGUAAUUGGUGAAUAUGCUAUAAUUUUUCACAUUUGUGUAUGCUUAAGUCCACCUCAUGUUCCUAUGAGAAUUGCUUGGUUAGUUUCUGCUAAGGUGGAAAUAAGUCUUAUUAUAGCUAUGGCUCAGGCUGGUGUAAUAAGUCAUAUGUGUUCUUGGGUGGCGAUGAGUAUAGGAAAAAUGAGCCGCUUAUUAGGAGGAUUGAAAGUAGAAUAAUGGCUAUUGUUAUUUCUUACGAGAUUGUUUGGACUAUAAUUCGAAGGGCUCCAGGUAGGGAGUAUUUUGAGUUUGAUGCUCAUCCAGAUCAUGAGAUGAAAUAUACUGAAAGGCUUGAUGUUGCUAGAAUAAAUAAAAUUCCUAGAUUUAAAUUGAUUAGGGGUGUACUGUGGGUAAUUGAAUUCAUAGACUUAGGGCUAAUGUCAAUGACAGGGUUGGGGCAAUAAUAAAUAAUGAUACUGAGGUCGUUAGGGGGAGUAUCAGUUCUUUUAUGAAAAGUUUAUUUUAAAGAUUUAUUUUUUAUUUUAUGUAUAUGAGUACACUGUAGCUGUACAGAUAGUUGUGAGCCAUCAUGUGGUUGCUGGGAAUUGAACUCAGGACCUCUGCUCUGCUCUCUCUGGGCCAAAGAUUUAUUUAUUGUUAUAUGUAAGUACAUUGUAGCUGUCUUCAGAUACUCCAGAAGAGGGCAUCCGAUCUCAUUAUGGAUGGUUGUGAGCCACCAUGUUGUUUCUGGGAUUUGAAAUCAGGACCUUCAGAAGAGCAGUCAGUGCUCUUAACUGCUGAGUCAUCUCUCCAGCCCUUAUGAAAAGUUUUAUAGCAUCUGCAGAUGGUUGGAGAAUUCCAAAAUGGCCCAACAAUGUUGGGAACUUUUCGUAAUUGUAUAUACUCUAUGAUUUUACAUUCUAAAAGUAGAAUGUAAAAAUAGCAAUUAGAAUGGGGACUAGAAAUGUUAAUACAUUAAUAAAAUGCAUCUGAACUUCUGGGAACAAGCUUUUAAGUCUUACACAAUUUCCUGGCUCUGCCACCCUAAUUACCUUGUCCAGGUAAAUUAUUGAACAUAUAUAAAUUUAUUUAAGAGCAUUUAUUAUAAGGUAGCUCUAUUUCUCGUAUCCUUUUUACUGGGAGAAAUUGUAAAUAGAAACCGACCUGAAACCUCCAGUCUGAACUCAGAUCAUGUAGGACUUCAAUCGUUGAACAAAUGAGUCAUUAAUAGCUUCUGCACCAUUGACAAGUCCAACAUUGAGGUUGUAAACCCUAAUUGUUGAUAUGAACUCUUGAAUAGGAUUGUGCUGUUGUCCCUAGGGUAACUUGGUCUGUUGAUCAAAAACACUUUUGGGUCAAUAAUAAGUUCAUUUGAGUUGUAGGUCUAUGUUAAAAUCUUUCAAAGGAUUUGGCUCUCAGAGGUUACCCCAUUCCAAAUCUUUCAAAAUUUGAUUGUGAACCAUUAGGUUGAUUUAUUAAUAAUUAAACUAGUUGACUAAUU